AAAUACUUGGGUUCUGAUGACAAACUCAACUCAACUACAUGGUAAAAACUCAUGUUUGCUUCAUUAAUCGUUUAGUAGAAUAAAGUUAGAAAUCAACCAUAGUUCCACCAUAGAGAUGAAGUCAGCAUUACCUCUCAUCAGAUAAUAAGUCUUAACAAAAAAACUUGCCAAAACUACAAGGGCAAGUGAAGAGUUAAUGCAGUGCUCAAAAAACCGCAGGCUCCCGUAAAAGUUCAGAAAAGUCGAAAGAGAGAGAGAAAAAAAGCAAUAGGCAGAAGUAAAGCGGGUCCACAAUGCACAGCAGCCUUAAUGAAGCGUCUUCGGCAGCUUCCACACGGUAUAGACAGCCUACCGAUGGCGAGCAGCUCAUACCAAAUCCUAUAGCAGGAGGAGGGGUGCAAAAAAUAAAAGGCAAACAAGCCUGAUCUCUAUGCAGAUAACACAUGGAUGACUCGCUGGGGCAGGGCUAAUGCACAGGUAGGGAGCCAAUCAUAAAAAUCGGGAUAUUUAAAAAAAAAAUAAUGCAAUAGACAAGAACAGAGUGAACAGAGGUUCUAGAUAACUGCAGAGCAUUAACCCUGCCCAUGCUGGUUCGACGACUUAUUCAGCUCUGCUGCAUCAGUGCAUUCAGAUGCAUCGCCUUAUUGUCGAUGAUAUCUUUGCUACUACUGAAUAAUCCACUUAGACACCUAAAGUAGUCCCCACUAUUUUUCCCCCCUCUUUCCUCCUCCUGGGGACUGUGGCAUUCAAUCACUCUUAGGAUUAACUCAGCGUGGAGGCUGUACUGGGGGAAGUACUAGGUGCAGCUGUGCAAUCCUGCCUGCUGAGAUCUGAUCUGACUUUCCUAUCUCAGCCACUUGAUCGCUCUCACUGCAGAGACGUUGGCUCAGCUUUGCAGGAGGAGGUUCACUGAAUGCAGAGCGAAACGCUCCCUCAAUGCGCAGGAAUGGCUUUGUCGCUGCUGAAUGAGAGAGACCCACAGCCCUGUAUCCUCCACCACGGCCAGGCGCAGAGCCUGCUUUUGCGAGCCUGACUUUGCCCCCCCAUUGUGUGUGUGCAGCAUGUGUGAGCUGUUUUACCCAGGCAGGGGGUGGAGGGAGCUGCUGCCUAUUGGAGAUGGUCUUCUUCUGCUUCUUAUUCUUCAUUCUCUGGAUCUGUGUCUUCGUCUAGCGUGAUAGAUACUGGAAGAAGAAGAUACAAAAUAUAAUAAUAAUAAUCAUCAGUAUCUAGUGUCUGGUGCUCAGAGUGCAGCUAUAGAAGGCUGGAAGGAGGAGGAAUUAAACCUGCUGGUGACCUUCAACACCAUGGACAGAGACCCAGAUCAGCAGAACCUUGUCUAGAUCUCUUUCGGCACCUUGGACAGCAGCCCCAUUGUAUAGGUUGGGUUUCAGCACCUUGGACAGCAGCCUCAUUGUAUAGGUCGGGUUUCAGCACCUUGAACAGCAGCCCCGUUGUAUAGGUUGGGUUUCAGCACCUUGGACAGCAGCCUCAUUGUAUCGGUUGGGUUUCAGCACCUUGGACAGCAGCCUCAUUGUAUAGGUUGGGUUUCAGCACCAUGGGCAACAUCCCCAGAUCAGCCCAUUGUAUAGACUGCCUUCAGCACCUUGGACAGCGACCCUGAUCAGCACACUGAGCCGCUUGUGCAGUGAUCUGGAUCAGCUCCCUGGACAAGGAUCUAGCACAGUGAUUUGGAUUGCUCCCCACCCUUUUUUUUGCACAAUCUGGAUCAGCACCUGGCAUCGGACUGGUGGGGAUCUGAUUCAGCACCUCACAAGUUGCCAGCACCUAAUCCUGGAGCAGAUAACCAGCCCUCGGAUUACAAGUACGAAACACCUAUUUUCACCUAAUGGCUUAUUGCUGCUGCCUCUACUAGCAGUGGGUGCUGUCCGGUCAUGGGCAUUAUGUCUUUCGUCGAGGAUGCCUGCAUUACAGGACAGUUUUAAGGAUUAACCUGGAUCAGGUACAUUGCAAGGUCAAAGCUCCAGUCUUUUUACCUAUUUACUGUCUACUGGUAAAAAAAAAAUGAAAGUGGAUUGUCUCUUGUGGAUUUACUUCUCCUUGAAGCUUUUCCUAAACUGUUUGUCGGUGGAGGUGGGGGGGAGGCUUUAUAGUGCAUUAUAAUGUGUCCUACACAGCAAGUUGCCGGAGUUGAGCAGGUUGCAGAAUAAAAAAAAAGGUGUUAUGUGUGAACAGGCUGCAUAUUCUACACAUGGUGGUGGUCUCAGCCUUGCUGUCUGUGUCGGGGAUGUCUGUACCCACACAAUCUCCUUGCUGCUUGCUCUGAUCCCCACACCUUCUCCUGCUGCCAUCUGUUCUAAUGGAGCAUUAUCUUUGGAUUACCUCUAAUGAAAAUCAAGGAUAGUAUUCUAGAAUGCUAGGGAAUGGCAAAGGGCACACGAGUUACCGAAAAACAAUUUGCAAGCCUGUGAGCUCCUUCUCCCUGAGGCGCCCAGUUAUCAUUGUAUCUGCAGGUAAAAAGUCUGACUGCAACCGUCUAUACUCUAGAGGAGACAGGGUGCCUUCAGCUGUUGCAAAAAGAUCUCUCUCACACCCAUCAGUCCCUCCAACCAUUGAAGCAGGACAGGCUCCCUUUGCACACCUGACUAGUGUCAUGUCAUGUCUCGGCCGCACAGCAACCUGGAAAAACCCGAGACCUAAGUGGUUUUGUAUGCUGUUAAAAAUAAACACUGGGGUGAAAAUCACUGAAGAAUUGCAAGGCCACCAUCAAACACAGAUGACUUGCACCUCCAUGUUACGCUGUUACCAGUUAUUAGAGGUUUGGACAGACUAAUGUGUUCAGAUGACCGGGUGAACACCAAAGAGAUGGUUUCCUAAGCAAGGCUUUUUAACUUGAUCUACAAUGGAAAAACUGUUCGGUUAUCUGUUGUUCAUUGGCAUGGCGGUGAGAGCUGAGAUCUGUCCCAAGCGCUGUGCCUGUCAGAACCUAUCUCCAAAUCUGGCGACCUUGUGCGAUAAGAAAGGGUUACUUUUCAUCCCGCCCAACAUCAACCGAAAGACUGUAGAAUUGAGGCUAGCGGAUAAUUUUGUUACCAAUAUAAAACGGAAGGAUUUUGCCAAUAUGACAAGCCUGGUGGAACUGACAUUGUCCAGGAAUACAAUAAGCUACAUCACGCCUCAGGCAUUCGCCGACUUGCGCAAUUUAAGAGCGUUGCACUUGAACAGCAAUCGAUUGACUAAAGUCACCAAUGACAUGUUCACCGGGCUUUCCAAUCUCCACCAUUUGAUACUCAACAACAACCAAUUGACGUUAAUUUCACCCACCGCCUUCGAUGACGUUUUAGCCCUGGAGGAGCUCGAUCUAUCUUACAACAACCUUGAGACCAUACCUUGGGAGGCGGUGGAAAAGAUGGUCAGUCUGCACACUCUUAGUCUGGAUCACAACAUGAUCGAGCACAUCCCAAAGGGAACGUUUUCCCACCUGCACAAGCUAAAUAGAUUAGAUGUAACAUCCAACAAACUGCAAAAAUUACCCCCGGACCCUCUGUUCCAGAGAGCCCAGGUGCUGGCAACCUCAGGGAUUAUAAACCCUUCCACAUUUGCAUUGAGUUUUGGUGGAAACCCCUUACAUUGCAAUUGUGAAUUACUAUGGCUGAGGCGCCUUUUGAGAGAGGACGACCUGGAGACUUGUGCGUCACCGCCGCUCCUUUCGGGACGUUAUUUCUGGUCCAUCACAGAAGAAGACUUCUUAUGUGAGCCACCACUUAUCACAAGGUAUACACCAGACGUGGAGGUCCUGGAAGGUCAAAGAGCAGUAUUAAAAUGCAAAGCCCUUGGAGACCCCGAGCCUGCAGUUCAUUGGAUAUCCCCAGAAGGAAAGUUAAUAUCCAACGGGAAACGGAUUUUGGUCUAUGACAAUGGAACACUAGACAUUCUUAUAACCACAGUCAAAGAUGGCGGUCUGUUUUCAUGUAUUGCUUCUAAUCCUGCCGGUGAGACGACAAAAACGAUCAAUCUUCACAUAAUCAAACUCCCCCACUUAGUGAAUAGUACGAACCACAUUAACGAAAACGAUCCCGGCUCAUCCGAUAUAUCCACGUCCACAAAAUCUGGUUCCAAUGCCAGCAGCAGCAAUGGAGAUACAAAACUGAGCCAAGAUAAGAAGGUGGUGGUGGCGGAAGCGACGUCGUCCACCGCACUUAUCAAAUUCAAUUUUCAAAGGAAUAUCCCUGGAAUCCGAAUGUUCCAGAUACAAUAUAACGGCACAUACGAUGACUCCCUCGUCUACAGGAUGAUACCGCCAACAAGCAAGACGUUCCGUGUCAACAACUUGGCUUCGGGAACAGUCUACGACCUGUGCGUCCUGGCAAUUUACGACGAUGGCAUCACGUCCUUGACGGCCACAAGGGUGGUUGGUUGCAUCCAAUUCACGACUGAGCAAGAUUACGUGCGUUGCCAUUUUAUGCAGUCGCAGUUCUUGGGAGGUACCAUGAUCAUAAUAAUAGGGGGAAUCAUUGUGGCCUCAGUCCUCGUUUUUAUAAUUAUCUUGAUGAUUAGGUAUAAGGUUUGCAAUGGCAAUGGACAGAGCAAGGCGGCCAAAGUCAGCAAUGUGUAUUCUCAAACCAAUGGGUCUCAGAAUCAAAGCUGUGGUGCGUCCAUGCCUCCGUCGGCUUCCAAGCAAGUGGUUGGACAUGACGAGAGCUUGCAGUGCUGUAAGUCCACAGACAGCGGGGCACCAUCUUCUGACACCUGCUCGAGCCAAGGUGCGGCCGCUACUACCUCUGCUUCGCCUCAAACUUGGACUUCUAAUACUUCUGCCUCACUGAAGCAGAAAAGAAAAACUCAAUUAAAACCCACAGACUCACAGACUGAAACUGUUCUAAAUAUGGAGUCCCAAAACACAAAUAGAAAUAACUCUACCGCCCUUCGGUUAACUAGUCAUCCCACAGGGUCACCAACCUAUAGAAGAGCACAAUCAAGGCCAAGUAAGUUCCUUACGUUACCUGCAGACACUUCUAGAGCCAAGCGCAGGUACUCUCUAAACGGGGAAAUUAUGGAGUACCAUUGCUAUGUAAACUCUCGUAACACAGGCGGACUGUGGUCAAAGAGGAGCAUGUCCAUGAACGGGAUCUUGGUUCAGUCCGAUCAUUCAGACAUGGACAGCGGAAAAGCGACUUUUUCAAGUUCAGAGUGGAUAUUGGAAAGCACUGUGUGAUUAGUUCCUUUUAAAAAUAAAAUUAACAAAUAAAAAAAACAGAAUAACAAAUUUGAGAAUUUUGAGCACAAUACAAAAAUCAAUUCAAAAAUUUGAAAAAAAAAAAGAAUAAAUGAAUGGGGGAUUCCAGUCUGUGUCUCCCUAUUGGCUUCUACAGGAUGGUGUCAAGGUCACCCGCACCUUCUGUUCACUUUUUUUUUUCCUCUGGUGAUAACGAUUGCAAGAUACAAAAAUAGCGAGUUGUGAAAUUUAGAAAUCAGCACCGGUGCCUUCCCUUCCUUUAGGACUGGCUUCCUGGUUCAGCAGAAGAAAUAAAUACAUUAAAAAAUGUUAAAGACUGAAUUCACAAUAAAAGCCUUUCAUAUGGGAAAAAAAUUCCUUUGAGCUUUCAACGUAUUAAAAAUAUAUAUAUUAAAAAAACAAAAGACCAAUUAUGGAAAAUUAGUUAAAAAAAAUAUUUUUUAAAAGACCAGACUGCAUUUAUUUUUGAGUGACCAUGGUGUUGCCUUUAUUUUAGGCAAAUGCUGUACAGAACAACAACUUCUGUGUUGUUAUGUUGUGUAAAAUAAAAUAUUCAAUAUCUAUAUGGAGACCUCGUUGACAUAAUUCCGAUUAUUCU